UAGUUCUUAAUACUAUAUCUUAACCUCUGACAAAGCUAGCUUUUACUUUUUAAAAAAUACAAGCCAUGCAAAACAUACAAAUUUCGGUAGUAGCAAAUGUCCUUUUGAGCCUAAUCAUCAAUGGUUCUUAUUUUUAAGAUCCAUUGCUUAUUUCAGAACCCUCAACCACAAUAGCUAAAUAAGAAACUCUCAUCUCUUACCUAAGAACUAGCUCUUAUAUAUUAUCUUUCCUUAAAAACCACUCAUUAUUGAUGCUCAUACUCGGACACAACUUUAUAAGGAUAAAAAGUAUUUUACACACUAUUGAAAAAAAAAAAAAAAAAAAAAAAUGAUACUCGGUAGAAAAGAACGGUAAAUAUUGAAUUUAAAUCCAACAAUCCAUUUACUUGCAUUUCACAAUUCACAAAACCCCUUCAAACCCAGGAAAACCUCUGUAAUUUCAACCUAGCGCCAAAAAUGGGGAAGAACGGCAAGAAGCAGAAGCAUCAACAGAAACCUUCAUCUCGUCAAAGACACUCUCAUUUUCCUCCAGAAGAUGAACAUUACCCUCCUCUUUCUCUUUCCAACAGCGAUGAAGAGACCUCAGAAGAGGAUGAAGAAGAAUCUGAACCAGAAAUUCAGCAAAACCCUUUUUCUGAUGAGUCAAUUCCUUCAAAGUUCUCUCUUUAUCAACAAUCUGUUCAGUCACCAAAAGGGGAUAUAAGCUAUUUGCAGAAGUUCUUCUUGAUAUAUGUUGGUGGGAGAGCUCCUCUUCAUCUACAGGAGGAUUUUUGUGGCACUGCUCUUCUUAGUACAGAGUGGCUUCGAACUGAUCCUCGGAGGACUGCUAUAGGUGUAGAUUUUGACCUUGAUUCACUCAUGUGGUGCAUGGAGAACAAUGUUGACAAAGUUGGCAGUGAUAUCCGUUCCGGAAUCUCUCUUUUUCAUGGAAAUGUUUUGCAGCCUCUUGAGGCUAGAAUUGUCAAAUUGAAUUCUGAGGAUCUGAUUCAGAAAGUAACUAUCCAAGAGAGUCAAGAUGCCACACUUAAAAAUCCAUCAGAAAACUCUCUGAAAUCGGCAGCUUCAGUUAGUGGUGGAAUUUUGAAAAAGGAUUUCUCAUUGCCUGCAAGGGAUAUUGUGUGUGCUUUCAAUUACAGUUGCUGCUGCCUGCAUAAGCGGAAAGAGCUUGUUGCUUAUUUCAAGUAUUCCCUUGAUGCUUUGUCUAAGAAGGGUGGUAUAUUUGUCAUGGAUUUAUAUGGUGGUACUUCAUCUGAGCACGAAUUAAAGCUCCAGAGGAAAUUUCCCAAUUUUACGUAUACAUGGGAGCAAGCAGAAUUUGAUGUUAUCCAGCGGAAGACCAGAAUUAGUCUUCACUAUCAGCUCCACAAGCCACAGAAAAAAAUUCGCAAUGCCUUUUCUUAUAGCUGGAGGCUGUGGUCAUUGCCUGAGAUAAGAGACUGUUUGGAAGAGGCUGGUUUUCGAUCUAUUCAUUUUUGGAUAAGAGAGAUGCCUGACACUGAGAGAAACAGAAGUAGUCGGGGAUUUGGUUCCUCAAGAGAUGAUAAAUACGAAGAGGUCUCAAGUUUCCAGCAGCAAGAUGCUUGGAAUGCCUAUGUCGUAGCAGUUGCUUAAGUAUAUCUUCAAAUCCCUACAACACAUUGGUAAAGGCUACAAUGAGGAAAGUUAAUGUCAUGAGAAAUAGUGGUAUGCUAUCUUCCCUGCGAAACUUGUUGAAAAAGCAUUAUGUUUUUGUCUCUGAUUCUAACCUAGAUUUAGGAGUCUUGGACUUUCAGUUUAGUGGAUAUUUGAUGUGUUUCUUCUUGUGACCAAAAAUAGAUUUGUAUGCCUAGAAGCUCAUUGUCUCACUCAAAAAGUUGUGCUUUGGACACUUGGACCCUAGUAUUCUUAAUUUUUUUUUAUAAAUUUGAGUAGGCAGGUUAUAAGCAAACCGGUGUAGGGGCUUGCAUUGGACAAUUUAUAUUUGAACUGUUGCUCACUUACUCUGUACCCUAAUAUUCAUUUAUUCAUAUGUAGAUCAAAUGAAAAAAA